AUGGAUUUAGAGAAGAAUCACUUAUCAGUCAUUGAUUACACAGUGUUUGGACUAAUGCUUGUCAUUUCUGCAUUGAUUGGUAUUUAUUACAAACUCAGUGGAGGUCGACAGCAAACAACAGAAGAAUAUCUGUUGGCAAACAAACAAAUGUCUGUAAUUCCGGUGGCAUUCUCACUGAUGGCCAGCUUUAUGUCGGCGAUCACUCUUUUAGGAGUUACCGCUGAGAUAUAUAUGUUUGGCAUUGAGUUUAUCAUUAUAAACAUAUCUUAUAUUAUCGGUACUCCAAUCGCUGGACUCAUAUUUUUGCCUGUUUUCUAUAAACUCAAAGUUGUUUCAAUUUAUGAGUAUUUAGAAAAACGAUUUAACCGAACCGUACGAAUCACCGCUUCUUUGGUAUUCACAACACAAAUGAUAGUCUAUAUGUCAAUAGUGUUGUACGCGCCGGCACUGGCUCUCAGUGCGGUCACAGGUCUGUCUAAAUGGACAGCUAUUAUCUCAGUAGGUUUUGUCUGUACUCUUUAUUGCACUAUUGGUGGCAUUAAGGCUGUCAUCUGGACGGAUGUCUUUCAAUCGAUACUUAUGUUUACCGCAUUAAUUGCUAUCAUAAUUAAAGGCACUGUUGAUGUCGGAGGGAUUGAUGUUGUCUGGCACAGGGCUCUCGUGUCUAACCGAUUAAAUUUAAUCAACUUAGAUCCAAACCCAUUCACUCGACAAAGUUUGUGGUCACUAACAAUUGGUGGGGUAUUUAUAUAUGUAUCACUUUAUGGAGUCAAUCAAACACAAGUUCAGAGACUAUUGACACUAAAAAGCUUAAGAAAAUCUCAAAAAGCGCUUACCAUUAGUUGGAUUCUCACUUCAAUGUUAUCAUUGAUCACAGCAUUUACCGGAUUAGUUAUUUUUGCCAAUUUCUGGAAAUGCGAUCCAUUGCUUGAAAAUGAAAUAUUAAAAUCUGAUCAAUUGAUGCCAUAUUUUGUGAUGAAGUCGUUGGCAACAUAUCCAGGCCUUCCAGGUCUUAUAAUUGCUGGCAUUUUUAGCGGCUCUUUAUCUUCGGUUUCUUCAUUUGUUAAUUCAUUGGCUGCCGUCUCGUUAGAAGAUUAUAUAAAACCACAUUUUAGAGAUCGAUUGUCACAAAAAUUUGAAAUAAUUGCCUCAAAGAUUUUGGUUAUGUUUUAUGGAUGUCUUUGUGUUUCACUGACAGUAUUGGCCGACCAAAUGCCAGCUAUACUUCAGGCGUCACUUAUAAUCUUUGGAGUGGUUGGCGGACCCUUAUUAAUGCUUUUUACAGCCGGUAUGUGUUGUCCCGGAUGUAAUUCAUUCGGUACUUUAAUAGGAUUUGUUAUUAGUUUAAUCGUCGGCUUUUGGAUCGGAAUCGGUAACGUUUUAUUCGCUUCAAAACCGAUACCAUUAUCUCGAUCAACACAAGAAUGUCCAAACAAUAUGUUUAAUAACUUAACCUCAAGUUUGCCACAACAACCUCUCAACCAAAACAAUUCAUUUUCAUUAUAUAACUUGUCUUACAUGUGGUUCUCUGCCUUUACAUUCACAAUAGGUUUAAUCAUAGCUAUUAUCUUAAGUAAACUUAAAGGUAAUCAAAAACCAGUCAAUAAUUCUUUGUUGACACCAUUGUUGAGAAGUAGUGGAAAUCAUGGCAUCGAAAUCAAUGAUACAAAUGAAAGUAUAAAACUAAAUAAUUUUUAA